AUGGGCGUCGCCUUCGACGGGACGCUCACCCCCGAGCAGGUGGACACCUACCGAAAGGACGGAUUCCUCGUCAUCCCCGACUUUGCCUCACCCGACGAGGUCGCCGGCAUGCUCCGCCGCGCGGACGAGCUCGUCGAAGCCUUCGACCCAUCCUCCGUCCCGAGAUCCAUCUUCACGACGAAGGACCAGAAGCGCACCAGCGACGCGUACUUCCUGGACAGCGGCAACCACCUCUCAUUCUUCUUCGAGGAGGACGCCUUCGACGAGAGCACCGGGGAACUGAGACAGGCCAAGUCCCAGUCCAUCAACAAGAUCGGACACGCCAUGCACGACAUCGACCCGACGUUCCGCGCGUUCUCGAGGUCCACAAAGGUGGGCAAGCUGCUGAAGUCCCUCGGUAUGACCAAACCAACGCCGGUGCAAAGCAUGUACAUCUUCAAGAACCCUCGCAUCGGCGGCGAGGUCUCGGCGCACCAGGACUCCACGUUCCUCCGGUCUGACCCGAUGACCUGCACCGGGAUAUGGAUCGCGCUGGAGGACUGCUCCAUCGGCAACGGGUGCCUGUGGGCGCUGAAGGGGUCUCACACGAACGGGGUAUCGAAGCAGAUGGUUGUCGACCCGCAGCGGAGGGACGGCAUCUCCUUCGAGGGCGAGUACCCAGCGUGGGACCUCACGAAGUUCUCGCCCCUGGAGGUGAAGGCCGGCACGAUGGUGGUGCUGCACGGCGAGAACGUCCACUACAGCGCCCCAAACACCAGCGACGCGAGCAGGCACGCGUACAGCGUUCACUUUGUCGACGGGGACGCGACGUGGGACCCGAGGAACUGGCUGCAGCGGGCGGGUGACUUCCCGUUCGCCGCUCUGGACGACGAAUGA